AUGUUUGAAGAAGUGGAUCUCCACGGAAACUUUCCCGAAAUGGAGAAAAAGAUACUUGCCUUUUGGAAAGAAAAAAAGAUAUUUCAGAAAUCGAUAGAGAAAAACGCCGGCAGGGAGGAAUUUGUGUUUUAUGAUGGGCCCCCAUUUGCCACAGGCCUCCCCCAUUUUGGUCAUUUCGUGCCCGGAACAGUAAAAGACAUUAUUCCACGUUAUCAGACAAUGAAAGGAAAAUGUGUACAGAGAAGAUUCGGCUGGGAUUGUCAUGGGUUACCAGUGGAAUAUGAAGUAGAAAAGGAGAUAGGAGUUUCAGGCAAGAAAGACAUUGAAGUAUUUGGUAUAGCUGCGUUUAACGAGCGUUGUAGAAACAUAGUUCUCCGCUACACCUCAGAGUGGAGAAAGAUUAUCGAACGUUUAGGGAGAUGGGUGGAUUUUGACAAUGAUUAUAAAACUAUGGAUAAGCACUAUAUGGAAUCGAUAUGGUGGGUUUUCAAGACGUUGUGGGAGAAGGGAUACAUUUAUAAAGGACACUACAUACUUCCUUACAGCCCCACACUAUCUACACCCCUGUCUAAUUUCGAGGUAAACCUUGGAGGGUAUCAAGAAGUGCACGAUCCUUCGCUUACGGUAAAGUUUAAGAUAGCAGACACUCAUAAUGAGUUCUUUCUUGCAUGGACAACCACCCCAUGGACAUUAAUUUCCAAUCAAGGACUAGCGCUAGGAGAGGACAUAGACUAUGUAAAAGUAAAAGACGCAGACGAGUGCUACAUAUUAGCAGAACAACGUCUCACGCAUUAUUAUUCCUCUGAGUCAGAGUAUCAGAUAGUAAAACGAUACAAAGGAAAAGACUUGGAAGGGAUGAAAUACGUGCCCUUAUAUGAUUAUUUUAAGAACCAGGAAAAGCAGGGAGCGUUCCGUGUACACGUAGCUGAUUUUGUAAGCCUAGAAGAUGGAACCGGCAUAGUGCAUAUGGCCGGUGGCUUCGGCGAGGAUGAUUAUAUUGUGCUUUGUAAAAAAGCUGGAAUACCAGUAGCAUGCCCAGUAGACAGUGAAUGUAAGUUUACAUCAGAAAUACCCGAGUACGAGGGGGUUUUUGUUCGUGAUGCCAACUCGGACAUUAUUAAAGAACUCAAGAAGCAAAAAAAAAUAAUACGCCACGAACAAUAUCUUCAUAGGUACCCAUUUUGUUAUCGCACAAAGACACCGCUUAUCUACAGAGCAGUAAGCUCGUGGUUUGUUGAUAUUGCGAAGAUUAAAGAAAAAAUGGAAGCAGCAAACAGCACCAUUAACUGGCAUCCCGAGCACCUUAAAUAUGGGCGGUUUGGCAAAUGGUUAGAGAACGCACAAGAAUGGGCAAUUUCUCGUAAUAGAUACUGGGGUAAUCCACUCCCUGUAUGGAUGAACGAGGACGAAUCGUGCGUUGAGGUUAUUGGUUCUAUAGAAGAAUUAGAAAAAAAAUCAGGCAGUAAGGUCGACGAUCUCCAUAAAGAUAAAAUAGACCAUCUUACUUGGGAGACCCCAAACAAAAAGGGAAUAAUGCGAAGGGUUCCAGAGGUACUGGAUUGUUGGUUCGAAUCAGGAGCUAUGCCUUACGCAUACAAUCACUACCCAUUUGAAAAUAAAGCAAAUUUUGAAAAAAAUUUUCCUGCAGAUUUUGUAAGUGAGGGCUUAGAUCAGACAAGAGGGUGGUUCUAUACACUUACAGUCCUAGCAUCAGCCCUAUUUGAUACAGCAGCAUUCAACAACGUAAUUGUAAACGGUCUCGUGCUAGCAGAAGACGGAAAAAAGAUGAGUAAAUCAGAGAGAAAUUUUACGGACCCGGUAAAAGUUAUCGAUGCAUUUGGAGCAGAUGCACUACGUUUAUUUCUUAUCAAUUCAUCAGUGCUCAAAGCAGAAGAUCUUCGUUAUUCAGAUGAUAGUGUAAAGGAGGAAAUAAAACGUUUCAUACUUCCAUUAUGGAGUGCGUAUAGUUUUUUUAUUACAUACGCUCGCAUUGAUAACGUAAGACCUAGAAACCUCGAUCUUAUAGAACCCGAGAACCCACUUGAUCAAUGGGUACUCUCUGAGCUGUCCUAUUUAGUAGAGCAUGUUGACACGUACUUAGGAACGUAUGAGAUACUUUCAGCACUGCAGGAAAUGUAUGAAUUUGUAGAUAAGCUUAAUAACUGGUCGCGGGAUUCGCAGUCUUCAUCAGUUAAAAAUAGGCAACCACUUAGUACACUUCAUAUAGCCACAAAAGACAAAGAAGAAGAAGACGCUCUGCGUGAAAUGGAAGGUAUAUUGAAGGAAGAAUUAAAUGUAAAGCAGGUUCUCGUGAGCCAGAAUGAGGAGCAUUUAGUUACGUAUACUAUUAAAGCAAAUUUUAAGGUCUUAGGUAGCACACUAGGGGCAAAGAUGAAGCAAGCUUCCCAGUUUAUUUCGAGCCUCAAUGUGGAUCAGAUUGUAAGAUUAUUGGAGGGGAAAACACUCAUUGUAGAAGUAGAAGGUCAAGAAAUUGAACUGAACAAAGACAGCGUGGUUAUUAAUAGAAAGGAAAAGGACAAUCUUAAAGUACUAAACGAUGGAACAAUGACAGUAGCAUUAGACCCUAAUAUAAGCACAGAGUUAUUACAAGAAGGAAUAGUAAGAGAUAUUGUACCGUGUGCAAGUAACCAAAACAUAGAAGAGAGCAGUGAGGAGGAUAGCGGGGAUGCAGUGGCUGUGGUAAGUGAUGUCCAGGAAUUCACUGAAUAUCCAUACUAUUCUGGUUUUACGCUUUUCUCGGCUAUUAGAGAUUCAUUUAUGAUAGAAAAGAUUCUUAGCCCUCUGCUUCCACAGGGUAUUGCUAGAACUAUCUUGCUCCCACGCGUUCGCUUUAUUAAGAUAAAUAUCUUACAAGAUAAGUUUGUGUUCUUUGUUGGGCUAGAAAGCGACAGCCUCAAGCAAAGCAUAUUAGAUUUUGGGAUAUUAGAGCAGGUAAACGAGCAACUAUUUUCUCUUAGAGACAGUAGUAUAGAGAGUGUUUUGUUUGAUAUGCAAUACCAUGCGACCAUUGGAAUUACUAACAUUCAUUAUGAAAACUACAAGCGUUUGCGUUUUGAUUGGGUGCCAGAUGAGUUUCUUUCUUCCUUUAUUACAGAAGAGAAUAAUUUUUGGAUUUGGAGCACAAGUUUCGAUUUUGUAGAUGAGUUUUCGUUUGAGGAUAGAUAUCUUGCUGAAUGGGGUUUUGUAAGUUCUCAGGGCUAUGAUGAGAACAAACAUGCUAUCUCAAGCAUUGUACUGCCUUACUCAGGAAAGAAAAGAGAUGUAACCUUCUUCAAAAUGCUACUUCCUAACAUGUUUAGUUUUCUUGAAGUGGAGCAGGAUAGCGAUCUCUCUGAAACUCUCCCACAUGUAAGAACUGUAGACGCACGUAUUGUUAUCGAAGCUAUACCCGUACCUUUAGUGCUAAUAGAGAACUACAUUACACCAAAAGAAGGACAGAAACAGUGCUUUGAUGUUAUGAAGGGGGCGUGUAAAAAAUUCCAUACACAGAACAGCGAAUUUAAAAUUCCACAUAUUGGGUGGAAUGAAUUGGAGAUACAGACAGAGCAAUGCCCUCUCUUUACCCAUAUAGAGAACAAAACUCCCAUGUACUUUGUGCAUUCAUUCUACUUGCAACCCGACGAGGAGGCUGUUAUCUUGGCAAAGACAGAAUAUAUACAGAAUUUUGCAUCUGUUAUAGGUAAAGGUUCGGCCAUAGGACUGCAAUUCCAUCCAGAGAAAUCAGGAAAGGCGGGGCUGAGAAUACUAGAUAACUUUCUUAGAUACUACUAA